AGUACAUACACAUUCGAUUGGAAGGCCAAAAGAGUAAUUUAACAACUUUAAGUGUUCUUCGUUUACUCGCAGACUGUGCUUACGGACAUGAAAUCAGAUUUAAAUGCAGUUCAACACUCAACAGUCCACACCUCUUCUCGCUCAAAUCAUUCUGAAAUUUUUUCACUUUCUUCUCCAAUCACAAUUUUCUCUCUCUGCAUAUAGAUACAGAUAUCUAUAGAUUGUUGGAGACAUCUUUUCAAGUUUGAAGUUUGACUUCUUCAGGGUCUGUAAAUGAUAAAAUCAAUGGAUUUCUCAAAAGCGGUAGGAAGCAGAGCAACUGGAAUGUUAUCUGGAUCGGAUACUUAUCACGCUUCAAAUGAUGCCACUUUUUUCUCAAGUUCAUUACCAGUUGUACCUCAUGACAAGUGUGUGAAAGGAAAUGGUUUGCUUGAAGACAUGGAAGAUCAUGGAAUUGGAAGCUUGUUACCUGAUGAAGACGAGCUUUUAUCUGGCAUGAUGGAUGGUCUUGAUCUAAACCUAAAUCCAUUUCCUAACCAUGAGUCGGAUGAGAUUGAUCUUUUCGGAAGCGGAGGAGGAAUGGAAUUGGAAAUGGAUCCGGAAUCGGAAUCAGAUAAUCUGAAUUUCAACAUGUCAAAGGUAAGUCUGGGUGAUGGGAUUGUUAGUAGCAAUGGCAUGAGUCAAUACAUGAAUGGAGUUGGAAGUGGAACAGUUGCUGGAGAACAUCCAUAUGGAGAGCAUCCUUCAAGAACUUUAUUUGUGCGUAAUAUCAACAGCAACGUUGAGGAUUUAGAGCUACAAAUGUUGUUUGAGCAAUAUGGUGAUAUUAGAACACUGUACACUGCAUGUAAACACAGGGGGUUUGUGAUGAUAUCUUAUUAUGAUAUCCGUGCUGCAAGGACUGCUAUGCGUGCGUUACAGAAUAAGCCUCUAAGAAGAAGGAAACUGGACAUUCAUUACUCGAUUCCAAAGGAUAACCCAUCGGAUAAAGAUGUAAACCAAGGAACAUUGGUUGUUUUUAAUUUGGACCCAUCUGUUUCAUGUGAAGAUCUUCUUCAAAUCUUUGGGGCAUAUGGUGAGGUGAAAGAGAUACGUGAGACACCCCAUAAAAGGCACCAUAAAUUCAUAGAAUAUUAUGAUGUUAGAGCAGCAGAAGCUGCACUCAGAUCUCUAAACAGGAGUGACAUAGCCGGGAAACGCAUAAAGCUUGAACCUAGUCGCCCAGGUGGCGCCCGCCGAAACUUAAUGUUGCAACUAAAUCAAGAAUUUGAGCAAGAUGACGCGCGAAGUUUCAGGGUCCAGGUAGGCACCUCGAUUGCCAGCUCACCGCCAGGUGUGUGGCCACAAUUUGGCAGUCCAAUAGAACGACAGAGUCACAUUCACAGUCAUAGUCAUAGUCCUGUACAAAAUGUUAGCAACAGUUUACCUGGAUUGGCUUCAAUCUUGCAUCCACAAGUACAACCAACAAGAAUAGCAUUGCCACCAAUUGUCUCGUUCGCUGCAAGGGACGAUGUCGUCAUUUGGUGCUUCGAGUUCAACCGCUUCAGGGAUCGAAACGUUGUCUGCCUCCCAGGGCAAAAUGGUCAUUUCCACCAUAACCAUCAUGGCAUUCAUGUCGGAUCGGCUCCAUCCGGGAUGAUUCCAUUUGGUGGUGGCCGUUAUCAUCAUGAUUUCAUGAGUCCUUCGACUUAUGGUGGCCAAAUGGAUCGCGGUUUCUUGAAUUCUCAUGGAUCUGUGAAUAUUAUGGAAAACAGUUCAUCGCCUAGUUUGAGCAACAUGUCAAUGUCAUCUCCUCCUCUAUUCCUUGGAAAUGGGCUGAAUUACUCUGGAAUAGGAGCCAUGAAUAAUCAUAAUAAUAAUGUAGAAAGCAUGGCCAUGGCCAUGAACGUGAACGUGAAUGGAGGAGGGCGGAAUCGAAAUGGAAACCAGAUGCAGAUGCAGAUGGACAACAAGAAACAGUUUCAACUUGAUCUUGACAAGAUCAAGAGUGGAGAAGAUACCCGGACGACUUUAAUGAUAAAAAAUAUCCCGAAUAAGUACACUUCAAAGAUGUUGCUAGCUUCCAUUGAUGAAAUUCAUAGUGGUACUUACGAUUUUCUCUACCUGCCAAUCGAUUUCAAGAACAAAUGUAAUGUUGGGUAUGCAUUUAUCAACAUGCUUUCACCGAUGCAUAUAAUCCCGUUCUACCAGGCGUUUGAUGGGAAAAAGUGGGAGAAGUUCAAUAGUGAAAAAGUAGCAUCAUUGGCAUAUGCUCGAAUCCAAGGGAAGGCAGCACUUGUCACCCAUUUUCAGAAUUCCAGUUUGAUGAAUGAAGAUAAGCGAUGCAGGCCUAUUCUUUUCCAUUCUGAGGACGUUGAUGUUGAUCAGGAUCCACUGGACCCGACACCAUUUUGAAGUAACUAGUGCAAAAAAGGAUGCUGAAUCGUACAUAUAUGUUUAUUAUAUAUACAACAAGUAGGAAAUCCCACCAAAAGCAAAACCAAAAAACUAGGUGUGGGUUGUGUGGGUUGCUAUUUUGUGAAGAAAAGAAUUAAAGAAAAUGAAUGUUUUGGUAGUAGAUAUUAUAAAGAGGUGAAUAGCCUUGAAAAUGUAUAGGUGGAGAUUUUACCCAUAUAACAAGGGUAUAAUCUCCUGUUUUUCACCUCUUCACUUCAUUUUGGGUUUCUUUUGUUAACAAAUUUGAAGUCAUAUUUUGGGGGGCAAUUGUAUAGUGGGGAAAAGGAAAACUUUAUAACUUUGUAUCUCGUGUGUUUGAUGUUAAUGACAGAAAAUCAGUGUGUUGUUUGUGAUGAUUGAUACUCCUUCC